AUGGCUGCCAAGUCUAUCAUGUGCACAAAAAGGGUCCGAAUCAAAGACAAACAUCCCAAGUCCCAACACAACCAAUUCAUCAUCAUCAUCAUUAUCAUCUUCUCCUUCCUCCUUUUUCCCCUUUGUCAUGCAGCCAUCUUUAACAUAGUAAACCAAUGUCCUUAUACUAUCUGGCCAGCUGCUAUCCCCGGCGGUGGCUGUGAACUCCUCCCAGGCCAAAACUGGACCAUCUUCAUCAACCCUCGGAUGGAUAACGCUCGUAUCUGGGCCAGGACUAGUUGCACCUUCAACUCUUCAGGCUAUGGCCAGUGUGAGACCGGAGACUGUGAUGGUCUCUUGGGAUGCCAAACUUAUGGAUCACCACCCAACACCCUCGCUGAGUUCACUCUCAAUGAUUUCAACAACCUUGACUUCAUCGAUAUCUCUCUCAUUGACGGCUUCAACGUCCCCAUGGAAUUCAGCCCAAUCACUGGUUGUAACCAUGCCAUUCAGUGUUCUGCCAACAUCACUAGACAGUGUCCGGAUGAACUGAAGACCUCUGGGGGUUGCAACAAUCCAUGCACAGUGUGAUGCAAAUGGACUUCGGAGUCAAACAAGACGCGUAAGGCAGUCAACAAAGUUAACCAGGUUUAAUGACUUUAUUAUGGAGUAAAUGGUGGAGCUGCAGUUGUGGGUGUGCUGGGAUGUGCGUGGAAAGAAGAGUUUUGAGAGUUAGUGCAUGGAUGGAAUCAAUGCAUGGAUAGGGAUGUGAUAUUUUAGAUGUUAGUGCCUGGAUGGAAUAUCAUAGUAUUAUUGUAAUGGUUUUAGUAAGUGAUGUAUGGCCUGAUGACAUGUGUCAUCUCUGGUUGGAGUUAUGAUGAUGAUAUUAAUGAAUGAAUGAAGAGAGUGGAGGGGGAUGGAAUGACUCUCCCAA